AGGCCUGCUGCCUGAGGUUCACACCAUGUACUCUUACGUCUGCCUGCCGCGCGGGGAGAGUGCCUGGCCUCCGCUGCAGCCCCUCACCUACACCUACCUGCCCGCCCCUCUGCUGCUGCCUCCCAUCCAGGCCCACAACUUCUGCAGCCGGCCAGCGAGCUUGUGCGUGGGAGAGAGGGCGGCCCCGCGAGAAUACCACCGUUUUUACUGCCCGAGCGUAUCUCCGGCCGCCACUCCACCCUGGUGGGCCUUCCCAGCAGCCUACGCCGCCGCCCUUAGCUCGCCGGUCCCUGCCGCCCGCCUCCUGGGGCCGUCGCUGCAGGAAUCCGCAGCCGAGAGCUGGGCGCCCUGGCCCGAAGGUGGCAAUGUGCAAGCCGAACUGCGAUGGGGCCGCGUGGAACGCACGCACGGCCAGGGCUUGCAGCUGCCCGACUUCGUGUGCCGGGAGCUGCGGCGAGUGUACGGCACGUACCCGCGCACCGACGUGCGCGUCACCCACAGCCGCGGCGAGUUCCUGCUGCAGGCGUCGCCGCAGGUCGGCCAGCCGGAGUACCGGGUGGAGAGGCGCCUACUGCGCCGGCCCAAUAGCGGUGACAGCAGCAGCCCAGCCCGGGAAGCCGCGAAGCGCGGCCGUCCCAAGAAGAGGAAGGGCCUAGGCUGAGCUUUUUUAUUGGCAUUAUUUUUGUGUUAGUAGAAGGAUCCCUUUAGCUGUGUCACUUAGAAUGCUAUUGGUAAAGUUAGGACUUUGACUUGUCACAUUCAUCUUUUAGACCAAUCAGGUCAAAAUAUCUGGGCUAGCUAAUCAUAUCAGUGAAAAACAAAUGGAGCUUACCUAUGUAGGAGGUUAGGAAGAUUUGUAAGUCUCAAAUCAUUUGAUUCAGAACAAACUUGGGACUCUGGAAGUGUCAGGUACUCCUGUAUAAAAACACUUUCAUUAUAGCCUUCCAGUUUCAUUUACUUUUGGGAGGACUGACACAAGUACACAUCUCAAGUUGCAUUAAAAGAGCCAUUGCCUUUUUUUAAACACUUGCUUUGGUCAUACUUUCCUAUCAGGUGUUUAAGACCAAGUUGGUCAAAAUUGACCUUGCUUUUCUAUCUCCUGCUAAGAGUCAGCAGAGAUUUAGCAGGGAUCACUCUUCAGACCUUGGCUCCUUUAGAUUUUUUUGUGUAUGUGUGGUGGUGGUGCUAGGGAUUGAACCCAGGCCUUGUGCAUGCAAGGCAAGCACUCUACCAACUGAGCUAUAUCUCCAGCACUCCUUUAGCUUUCUCCUACUGGUCAUGCCAUCUGCCAGGAUGAGUCAGAGUCUUGCUGACCACAUAUGGCUUCCCUUAGAAGUAUCGUGACAUUUCCCUCUCCAAUGACCCUCUUUACAGAAUGUGCACUGGUUGACUUCCUGUUCUCUAGGGUUCUCACAAUCCUCCUGAUUUGAAUGUUGGGUGACUCACUGGAGUUAAGGGGCUUUAAAGGGUACCCAUCAUUCCCUGGAUCCUGGUUGACCCUAGAGGGCAUGGGCCAAAAUAUUGAUUGUAUUUUCUUUAGACUUUUUAACUUCUUUGACUUCGGUCUCCAAGUUUUGGUUUUAAACAUCCAGCAGGCCAGUUUCACCAUUCUUGAAAUGAGAGUAAUGGGUUUUAACUUUAAGGUUUCUAAUUUUACAAUUACUCUUCCCAUUUAAUUGGGGUUUGUAUCAGUACUGCAAGUCAGAUAUCCUAUCUGUCCUGGAGGUGAUGCCUUAUUGUCUUAAUUCAGGUUAUUCUGGUUAGAAGUAGUACUUUUGCAAAAUACUAACAGAUAGUAGUUACAAAGUGAAAUUAGCAAGAAUAAAAGCACACAAAAUCUCUUUAAAAUACUCAACUGAACAUAGUCAAAUAAAGUUUGUCUUUAAUAAAGACAAUUAGUCAAUUUUUGCUGAUAAUAAUAAUAAUGAAUAUAGUCAUAAUAUGAAUACAAUCAUUUUAUUUAAUAAUGUGAAUAUAUCAUAGUUUAUUUAAUAAUAUGUAUAUGAUCAUAUUUCUGUGACUGGGUUUAUCAACUUUGUGAAGUUUUGGUCUUUUUGUUAGCAAAGGAGAAACAUGGGUGACACUAACUACCAAGGGAACAAUGUGUCCUUAAAGAGGUGAUUCAAUGGCUACAUUCCAAUUGUGCCCUAUCCAGGAUCAUAAAUUGUUUGUAGUUUUGAGAAAUAGCCAUUUUUUAGAUCUUUUGACAUUACUGAAGUCUGAAUUAUUUUAUUCUUGUAGUGUGUGUGUCCAAGGAUAGACAACUUGGCCUAGAAUGGGGAAAAAAUGUAAUUUUCCUUCCCUCAAAGUUAAGGAGAAGAGAAAGAAAAAAAUUGUCAGUUUUAAAAUAUGAUGCAGUGGUGCAGGAUAGCAAGGACUAUGCUCAAAGCAGAUCAGUGUUUUAAGGAACCCUUGUUGUUUUUAAACACAGAGGAUUAGACUUUGUUCUAUAUCAGUAUAUUAAAAUUUGACAUAUUAAAAAGAGUUAAAAAUUAAUAGGGAAAAAUAUUUCUGAAAGACAAAGUAUCUUGUAAGGUAAAGUAAUACUUUUGUGAGCUGGGGAUGUGGCUCAAGCGGUAGCUCGCUCGCCUGGCAUGCGUGCGGCCUGGGUUUGAUCUUCAGCACCACAUACAAACAAAGAUGUUGUGUCCGCUGAUAACUGAAAAAAAAAUAUUAAAAAAAAAAAGUAAUACUUUUGUCUUGAAACACAAAAUGAUUUCUUUGUCAUUUUUAUUGACUUGUUUAUUUAGGCUAUACUGGGGACCAAACCUAGGGCCUCACACAUCCCAUGUAAGUGCUCUACACUAAAUCACUACACUAAAACAAUA